AUGCUGGGCGACCAAGCGGGUAAGGAGUCUAAGAGCACUUUCCGCAGUGCGCUCCGUGGCAAGAAGAAGAAGACGGUUGUCUUUGCCGAGCCGACCUACGUCGACUACUCUGACUUUGCCGAUUUCUCAUCCGAUGAGGAGGAUGCCGAGGAGCUCCUCAACACGCAGCAGGAUGGCGCGCGCCAAGAACAAAAGGCCAAGGCCACAGAGCAGGCGCAGAAGGCUGCCUCUGAUGAGUCCAUUGACGAGACGGCGAAGGUGGAGCCUCUCAAGCCCAGGGCACCGAAGGAGGUCAAACUUGCCGAACCAGUCAUCAAGGAGGUGAUCGAUGAGGACGAGACGCGGCGCAGCAGCGAGCAGUUCUUCGAGGCCAAGCCCGACGGGUCCCAGCAGGAGCUCAAGCAGCGGCCAGUCUCGACAAAUGGAAAAGCUGGAGAGGGAGCUGCAGCCGGACAAGAAGACGACAAGAAGAAGAAGGAGAAGAAGCCCAGCGCGAUUCGCAGCUUCUUCUCGCGGAAGGACAAGAAGAAGGCGAGCAACGACGACGACGACGACUCGCUCGGCAAGCGGUCGAUGGACACGGUCAACGAGGACCACGAUGACGAAAGCGUCCAAGACUCGCCGCAGAGGGGCGGUCCCCAGAGGCACCCGAGCAAGCUGCAGAAGCCACAGCCCCGCGGCGAGCCGUCGCCGACACGCAAACCCGGAUCGGCGCCCCAGAAGAGCUCGACCCGCGAACUCGCCGAGUACAUUGCGUCCGAGGGCAGGACAAAUGACGUAUCCAAUGUGCCACCGGCGUCUGCGUCGAUGCGCAUCGUUCAGGAGCAGGAUGCUGCCGAGACGUCGCUCGCUUCCAGCAUGUCCAGCUCCAGCCGGGACCGCUCGCCCGAGCUCGCCCGCUCGGCAUCGCAGCAGAAGGAGGAGAGGUCGGGCCUCGCAAAGAUCAAGCUGUCACGGUCAGGAAGCAACGACAAGGGCAACAAGGUUGAGAAGCCGCAGAAGGUUACCAAGGCGAAAGCCCGGGUGGAGCUAGAUGACUUUGACUCGCCCGACGAGGAGUCCAUCUCGUCACCCGUCGAGCCGUCGCAGCAGCAUCAGCUACAGCAGCAACAAGCGCAGGAGGCGAAGACGGAGGAUAAGCAACUGCGACCAUCCCUGCCGGGGGCGUUCCCCGACAGCUACCUCAGCACACAGACAACCUCAAGCGCCCAGUCGGACAAGACGAUCACGCCGGGCGAUGUGUCGACAGCCGCAAAGCCCAGCGACCGCCUCUCCGAGUCGCCCGUCGAGGUUUCGCCCGUGGGCGCCAGCAACCCGCCUGCGCUCAUGGUCGACACGUCCAGCGGCCACUCGUCCGACUCGCCGUCACCCGAGCUCAUCGAAGCCGACGAAACGACGCGACGCCACGCGGCCCAGGACUCCAUGACCACCAGCUCGAGCUCGGCUGGCGGCAGCCAGACCAGCAACUCGUGGAACGAUGCCAAGCUGCGGGCGUUCUUCGACUCGAGCUCGGACAUCCGGGAUAUGCUCGUCGUUGUAUACGACAAGAGCGAUGUCGUUCCGGCGGGGCCGGAGCACCCCGUCGUCGGACCCUUGUUCCGGGAACAGAAUGCCAAGUUGGCGGAGAUUACGACGGUGAGUUCUUGGCCUAUGCCUUCACUUUGA